AUGCAAAGGACUGCAAUCUUCAGCACGUGCUACAGCCACACCGAUUACUGCCUUGUGCGCCGCUGGAAGGCGCACAAGUGCCUGAAGUGGGGUAGAGUCUGCCACUGCGAGCCGACGCCGCGAGGCGGCGACCUCUGGACCCUUUGCUGUUGGCGAAAGAAAGCAGCCAGCCUUGCAUGCCCAAGGGAAAGUGCCGCAUCUCGAGCCAAGGCUGUGGAGGACGCCUUCAGCCUUAGAGCCGCCUGCACGGGUUCUGCGCCAGCAGAAAAGCCCGCAGCAGAGCGGCAGAAAGUUGGUGAGUGCAGUGUCUAUGGCAAUUCAAAAGCUACCUUAGCGGAGUCUUUUCUGAGCGACUUGCAGGAGCUCGACGAGCCAGAGGAGCAGCAGCAGGAUGCAGCUGGUGCAGCAGCGAAUCAAGAAGAAGACGAGUGGGAACCUAUCCCGGAUGCUGUCGAGCUGUAUUUGAGCAAAAAAGGAGGCCUCGUCUCUUCUGCCGUUGUUUCCAGCCUCGCGGAGCAGCCGCGAUUCAUCAAGCUGCUCGAACAAGCAAGGGAACUAACUCCCCAAGCUGUCGCAGCUAGCGGAGAGGAACUCGCGCUGAUCGAGGAGUGCAAUCAGCUUGUGAUAGACAUUGACACAGACAUAUUGGCAGUGCAUCGGUUCAUAAGAGAUAUCUAUUCCAUGAAGUUUCCGGAGUUGGAAUCCAUCGUGCAGGCGCCCCUCGAGUAUAUCGCAGUUGUUCACCGAAUACAGAAUCAAACGGAUCUUACCCAAGUGGACUUAUCUGAUUUGCUGCCCUCGCCAAUGAUCAUGGCGCUCACUGUCGCAGCCUCGCUCUCUAUAUCGGGCAGCGCGGGAAGCAACGCAGCCAACGCAGGGCGCCGCUUGCCGGAGGAAGAUUUAGAAAAGGCCAUCACUGCCGCGAAGGAGGCGUUGGCACUUGCAGAGCGUCGCAAGGAGGUGUUGCAGUACUUGGAGAGUCGCAUGAGUCUUGUGGCCCCUAACGUGUCGGCGAUCCUGGGAGCAGCUUUAACCGCGCGUCUCCUGACGAAAGUUGGCUGCUUGCAGAGCCUUGCGAAAAUGCCGGCACAAAAUAUUAUGUUGGUGGGGUCCCAGAAGAAGGGGAGUUUGUCGCUGUCAACAAAAGGAGGAGCGUCGAAUGCGUUUUCUUCCCUCCUCUGCUCCUCGGAUUUGCUCAUCAUGACACCUCCAGCAUACCGCAAGAAAGCCUUGCGGCUGCUCGCUGGGAAGGUGGCUCUUGCUGCUCGUGUUGACGUGUACGGCAGCAAGCCGGCAGCAGCAGCAGCAGCAGCAGCAGCAGAGGGGCGAGAAGGCGAUGAAGAAACAUCGGAUACGCAGGAGGAAAGCGCAGCAGAGGCGCUGCUGAAUGCAGCAGACAGUUCGGAAAAUCCAGGCGCUGUUGGCAGGGCACUUCGAGAAGGCAUUGUUCAGGCUCUUAUGAAGGCACAGGAGCCUCCUCCUGCUCCCAUGAAGAAGGCGCUGCCCGCGCCAGACGAGCGGUCAAAGCCAAAGAGGGGAGGCAAGCGACACCGCCGGCUCAAGGAGAAGCAGGAGCUCUCGGAGGUACAGAAGCAGCUCAACAGGAUGAAAUUCGGCGAGCAGGAAGACACCGUUGGACUGAAGGAUCAGCGCCGACAGCAGCAGCUGCGCCCUAAGGGAGGCCUCUCCUCAGCUGUCUCCGCAGCCGGCACGAGCACUAGCACAGGCUUCUCUUCGUCUCUCACCUUCACUCCUAUCCAAGGCAUCGAGCUCUGCAACCCCCUAGCCGAGACACAGCAGCAGCAGCAGCAGCAGCAGGAUGCCAAGGAUUACUUCGGCGGAGGAGGAAGGUUUACAGCGGUAGAGCGCAACAAGCCAGCGGCGCGCAAGGCCUAG